ACUAUGACGCUCGACAUGCGGAUAUAGCCUCGAACACAGCAUUUCCUUUUCUCCUCGGUUUUAAGAGAGAUUUAUAAACAAGUUGCGGGGUUUUUUUUUGCGGUUUUUGUCGCUGGUCAGGAUGGGGAAAGCGGAUUUUCUCUCCCCUAAGGCGAUAGCCAACCGGAUCAAAUCAAAAGGCCUGCAGAAGCUGAGGUGGUAUUGUCAAAUGUGCCAGAAACAAUGCCGAGAUGAGAAUGGCUUCAAAUGCCACUGCAUGUCUGAGUCCCACCAGAGGCAGCUGCUCCUGGCUUCAGAGGACCCCAACAAGUUCAUGGACUACUUCUCUGAUGAGUUCAAAAGCGACUUCCUGGAGCUGCUCAGCCGACGGUUCGGAACCAAGAGAGUGCACAACAACAUCAUUUACAAUGAAUACAUCAGCCACAGAGAGCACGUGCACAUGAACUCCACACAGUGGGAGACCCUCACCGACUUCACCAAGUGGCUGGGCAGAGAAGGUUUAGCCAAGGUGGACGAGACCCCUAAAGGCUGGUACGUCCAGUACAUCGACCGCGACCCCGAGACCAUCCGCCGCCAAGAGGAGCAGGCGAGGAAGAAGAAGCAGGACCUGGACGACGAGGAGAGGAGCGCCAGGUUCAUCGAGGAGCAGGUCCGCAGAGGCCGCGACGGCAAGGAGAUAGAGGAAACUCCAGUUUUCACCGAGCUGAAACGUGAGAGUGAAGAAGAAAAAGUUGCUUUCAACCUGGGCGCCUCUUCAUCUGUUGCUGGUCCUUCCAAAUCAAGUUCUGCUCUGGGUGCUAGUGCCCUGAAAGCAGCAGCAGCAGCGUCCUCCACCAAGAGGAAAGACACCAGCUCAGAAACCAGAAGCGAGAAGAAGAAGAAGUCUGCUCUGGAGGAGAUCAUGGAGAUGGAGGAGAAGAAGAGGAAGAAGCAGUCGGUCAGAACGGAUUACUGGCUGCAGCCCAACAUCGUGGUCAAAGUUGUCACCAAGAGACUGGGAGAGAAGUACCACAAGAAGAAGGCCGUCAUCACGGAGGUGCGAGAUAAAUACGGAGCCGUUGUGAAGAUGAUCGACUCCGGAGACAAACUGAAACUGGACCAGAAUCAUGUGGAGACGGUCAUACCUGCACCAGGUAAACGUGUUUUGAUCCUGAACGGUCCGCACAGAGACACGGAGGCUCUGCUGGAGGGAAUCGACGAGAAGAACUUCAGCGCAACACUCACACUCGAGUCUGGUCAACAGAAGGGGAACAGAGUGAACGUGGCCUACGAGGAUUUCUCCAAACUGGCCUGAGCCCACAACCUUCCUGUUCAAACCCUCAGGGACUCUACUGUGUCAGAGUUAUUUUCCCCACUUUUACGCCUGUACAUAAACGCAUCAUCACCCCGGCAGUGAGUCAUCAAAGAGGAGCAAUGUGUUCAAUUUGUUUAUUUUUUAUUUUCUAUUAAUAUCCAAGUUGAUCUUCACAUUUUGAAAUGUAAAUUUUGUUCAAAAUAAAAAAAUUCAAAAAAAUGAUUCCGCUUUUAUUUUGAAAAAUAAUUAAGAAAGAAAGACACUUAUGAUUUUAAAAGACAAAAUAAAAUCAGGAAAUGGAUGCACAUAAACACCAGUGGGAGAUUUGUGUUC